AUGCGUAGCAAUCGCAUUGUUUAUUUGGCGUCAGCAAGUUUGCUGUCAGAGCUGAUCUGGCCAGUCGCGGCCGACUGUGAAUGUGGUUAUUCCGUCAAUUCCACAUCCGCCACCGAACACGAGGUUUUUACUGAUCUGAUUGAAUCGGACUUCCUUACAAUCCAGGAUAUCGCAAGCGAUACGGACUGGGAGAUCCAAAGGUACUGGACCUCGUAUGAUCCCAGUUCGGGGUAUUACGGCGAGAACUUUACCGCUGCCAACGUGGUAUCCAAUCCGCUCAAGUAUAACUACUCGCUGGACGAGCCGCGAGAGAGCCAGCGCGGCGGCACAGCCGGUCUCCAACUUUGGGUACGCGGCGACAUUCAGUCCAACGGGCGGGUCCCCUGUGGCCAGGUCAAAACGACUCGCGAUGAUAUCCAAUAUGGCUCUUUUCGCACCGCGAUGAAAUUGACUCCCGUGAAUGGCACCUGCAGUGCUUUUUUCUCGUAUUACAACGACACUCAAGAGAUCGACAUCGAGCUGCUUUCUCGGCAGUACACUAACUACACUCUCUCCGGGUCGGACGACCCGUCCUCCCCAAUCAACCUUGUCUUCCACUCCAUUCAAUCCAUCAUCGACGGCUAUCAGUUACCAAACACAUCCACAUACGGCCGUCCUGUCCUCCCUGUCGCGCUCACCGAUGAGUUUCACGAAUACCGCUUCGACUGGAUGCCCAAUCGGGUUUCGUUCUACUUCGACGGUAAAUGGCUCUGGGACCUCAUAACCGACGUCCCGUCCUGGCGCACGGCGAUCCUCUUCAGCCACUGGAGUAACGGCGCGUCUGGAUGGACCCAAGGCCCUCCGUCCGAAGACGCUGUCAUGACAAUCAGCUACUUCAAAGCCUAUUUCAACAGCAGCGAUGCCCAGCGCACGUCUGACUACAACACGCGCUGCAAGGAUCCUUCAGCCGCGAACGCCAUCUGCGUGAUUCCCGACCAGAAGGGUGCCCCGGGGGCCGCCGCCGCGCGGAACGGGUCAGCCUCGACGUUUUUCUUCUCACAACAGACGAACAUGACGGCUAACCAGACCGUAUACACCGGGGAAACCAGCGGCGGCAGCCGGGCAUACGCACAAGUGGCUUAUUUUCCGUCGUGGGUGCUGGCCGUUGGAGUCCUUUUCCUUUUCGUUCAAUGGAUUGCUUGA